AUGGCUGCCGCUCAGCAAGUUGCGAACGCCUUCACUGUCGACUUCGUCGAGCGUGUGGCGAAGAACACCGCGAACAUUGCUGACCUCUACGGCCGCCACGCCACGCUCACUGUCAACGACUUCGAGCUCGGCAUUUCUGAGGUGUGCGACGACUAUGUGCCGAUCGCCGUGCAGAAGUGGGUCGUCUCCCUACAGGGCAGCCGCCUGCGCGUCGAUAGCGUCAAUGCUGCGCCUCUCUACGGUGGCGUGAACGUGUUCAUGACGAUGACUGCCUUCGGGGAAAUGCAGCAGUAUUACCACAUCGUCACGACGUUGGAGUCCUUCCAGGACACGUACGGCAUAGACGGCUACUAUGUUCGACACCAGGUGAUUGCCCGUAUCGGCGCCGUCGCCCCGGAGCGGCCGGUGCCUGAGCCGACUUCGGCACUCGCGGAGCAGCCGGAGGCGGCCAAGAAGUCGAAGCCGGCCACGCCGGAGCCUGAUGCGGUUCCGGCUGCGCAGGAACCGAAACCAGAGGUGACCGAGGAGCCUGCGUCGGCCGCGACUCCUGCGGAGUUGGAGGCCGGGGAGGCGAAGCCCGCAUCGGCCCCAGUGAGCAGCAAGCCGAAGAGCUGGGCUAGCCUGGUGAGCCGCGCCCCGGUGAAGAUUGCUGAACACAAGCCGGUGCGCGUGGUAGCCCACGAGGGUGGUAAGAAACCGACUCCCGAGCCUUCCGCUCCGGCUGCGACGACGCCGGCGUCGAAACGCCCGCCGCCUCGUGAGCGCAAGGCCUCAGAGACCGUGGGUGAUCGCCUCAUGUUCAACACGACCGGCUCCGUAACGGACGAGGAGAUCCGCGCCGCCCUCGGGCCAAUGUCUGCGCACCUUGUGUCCCUGCGCAACAACUCAGCCAAGGGCCAUGUCUUUAUGGACUUUGCGGAGAAAGUCAACGUCUUUGAUGAGCUCGUCAAAGCGCAGCUCGUGAUUGGUGCCUCCAAGGUGAAGAUGAGCGUCUUCCGCCAGCGCGCCCGCGAGUAA